AUGGCCCUUUGUUCAUCUAAAGUUUCCCUCCUCGUGGAACGUCUCAUCUUCGUUAGUCUUGGCGCUGCACUCGCCUUCCUCCUCCUCUUUUCCUUCUACUCGUCCUCCCUUACUCCCACCCUCGCUCCCAGUCCCACUCCCUCCACCGAUGACUCCAUCCCGACCUUCUAUGACGACCCAUCCCUCUCCUACACCCUCGACGGCGGUCACCUCUCCAACUGGGACUCCAAACGCCGUCACUGGCUCCGCCUCCAUCCCACCUUAUCAUCAUCAUCAUUCAUCCAGGAAAAAGAGGAGCGGGUCCUCAUGGUCUCCGGCUCCCAGCCCAGCCCCUGCCGGAACCCGGCCGGCGACCACCUCCUCCUCCGCUUCUACAAGAACAAAUCCGACUACUGCCGCAUCCACGGCCACGACCUCUUCUACAACACGGCCCAUCUCCACCCCAACAUGACCGGGUGUUGGGCCAAGAUCCCGCUCAUCCGGGCGGCCAUGCUCGCCCACCCGGAGGCCGAGUGGAUAUGGUGGGUCGAUGAGGACGCUGCCUUCACCGACAUGGAGUUUCGGCCGCCCUUGUCCCGCUACCGGGCCCACGACCUGGUGGUCCCUGGAUGGCCCUCCAUGGUCUACGAGGAGAAGAACUGGGUGGGCCUCAACGCCGGGGUCUUCCUCAUUCGCAACUCCCAGUGGAGCCUCGACUUCCUCGACGCAUGGGCCCGCAUGGGCCCGCAGACCACCGAGUUCGAGGCCUGGGGCCGGAUCCUCGCCUCCAAGAUCAAGGGCAAGGCCGCCCCCGAGUCCGACGACCAGUCCGCCCUCCUCCACCUCCUCGUCUACGAAAAGGACCGCUGGGGCGACAGAGUCUAUCUAGAGAACGACUAUGACCUCCACGGGUACUGGGCCGCCGUCCUGGGCCGCCUCGAGAAGUCCACGGAGGACUACCUCGCCAUGGAGCGUAGAGAACCGCCGCUGAGGCGCCGGCACGCGGAGAAGUCCACCGGGGCGCACGGGGAGAUGCGAGGGCGGUACCUGGACCGCGAGGCGGCGGCCGACGAGUGGGAGCAACGGAGGCGGCGGCUGCCGUUCGUGACGCACUUCACCGGGUGCCAGCCCUGCGGCGGUGGGCACAAUCCGGCGUACUCCAGGGAGAGCUGCCUCGCGGCCAUGCAGCGCGCCCUCGACCUCGCGGACGAUCAGGUGCUCCGCGCAUACGGAUUCCGGCGCGUUGAUGGAUGCGGCGGCCACGUACGGCCCCUGCCGUACGAUUUCCCCUCGUCGUUCGGAUUUCAGACUCCGAACGAGCCGGUAGCAUGAUUCGAUGGGCCACUGGUGCGAUUUUAGAACAACUUUGUAUUGGCCUGAUUUGAUACAGAGUCAG